UCAUGUCUGUUCUGAUGACCAGCAGAAGCGACCAUUUGGACGUCGUGCACACUCCACCCAGAUAGACACAAUUCACAAGAUUGGCUGCCGGACCUGCGCAUGCACACACACACACACAUACAGAGCAGGGAUGUUCUUCAGCGGAGGCACUCCAGUCUAGUGCAUCCGGCCUAGCUGAUCCAUGGAGGAAGCUCCUGUGACUGCUGCCACAGGGGCCUUGGGACCCGUCGUGGCGAAGCUGGGUGCUUUACUAGGCAGCCAGUACAAGCUUCGGCGCCGGACUCGCAAGGACGUCAAGUUCAUCAAAUCCAACCUCAAGUCUGUGCACUCUAUCCUUUGGAUGAUAUGGGGGAAGGAGAUUCUUGAUGUGGAGUCCAAAAACUUGAAGAAUGAAGCGCUGGAUCUCGCUGCCGAUAUGGAGGACGCCGUCGAUGACUUCAUACUCACCAUGGAGCCGAGCCGCAAAAACAAGCACUUGAUGGUGCAGAUCAACAUCCAAGCAAGCCCCUUCCAAGAUUUCAGGACAAGAGUAGAUGAUGUGUCUGCCCGGUGCCACAGCAACUGGAAGUGGAAGAAGAACAAGUGUGCUGAAUCCAUAUCUAGCGUUUUCUCAAGAAAGAACGCCAAAUCCAGCGCCCCAAGCAAACCACCUCCACCUCGUCAAGCUCCAUUUGUCAACAAGAAUGCGUCAGAGAUCUUUGGUAUGGACCGAUGGAGGGAUGACCUCAUUAGAUACCUGGUAGGAGAAGUGCAGCCGCAGCUCAAAUUGCGUCAAUUGUUGGAACGGCCGGAGAUUGAAAAUAAGUUCCAGUGCCGGGCUUUUGUGUCUGUCACUCCAAGUCCAAACAUGAAGGAGGUUCUCACAAGUAUUCUCCAACAAAUAGGAGCUGAGCCACUUGCUGGCACCGAAGCACGGACGGAGAAACAAAUCGUCCAUGCCAUAUCCAAUUUCCUAGAGGACAAAAGCCUCCUUGUGGCACUACUGAAGCCGUACUGCAUCACGAGCAGCCCUGCUGUGGUAGUGCGGUUGUGGCCGCACUUGGCCACGGUGGCAAUGAUUGUGUGGGAGAGAUCAUUGGUGGCAAGCAAGAGAGUAAAGUUGACCGAAAAUGGGAAAGUGGGAGCAGAUGCCAAUGUCAAUCGUGAAUAUAUAGUAUAUCUGAAACAACACACCCGUGCAAUUGCCAUUAAAUUGAUGACCUUUCCGUUCCGUAAAUGGGAUGUCAUCAGCAAGUCUUUUCCAGAAAAUAAUCUGGGCAGCAGAAUUGUCAUGACAACUCGUAUUGAUUCUGUACCAAGAGAUGACUUCAUUACUAACAAGCUCUACAUCAGAAUGAAUCCUGAAUGGAAUCGCGGAAACAGAAAAUGGCUCCACGCACUUGUUGAGAAAGAUCUUGCUGCUUGGAUGAAGCUUGACAUGGUUGGCGAAGGUUUUGACUGUGACCAUCCUAUUGUGCACAUGUGUGGUGGUGUGCCAUUAGCACUGCUUUGCAUGUUUUCAGCAAUGAGAAUGGUCCGAGAGGAACAAGAACAGCUAGGUGUGCAUGUAAAGGCAUGUGAUGCGCAAGAUAUGAUUGAGAAGCAAGUUAAGCGAAGUGGAAUUCAGAACACUCCAGGGUUUGAACCGUUGGUAGAGAGUUUGCAGCUUGGCUACGCCGAUCUUCCUCACCAUAUGAUGAAGACUUGCUUGCUAAACUGCAGUAUAUACCCUCAGAAUCACUUUCACAGGGAUCAACUGGUCAUGCGAUGGGUCGCUGAAGGAUUUACUUAUAAAGUGGAUGAAGCAGUAGGUUAUUUUGAAGAGCUUGUCGAGAGAGAAUUACUGAUGCAGGUGAAUGAUGGUAGUACAUACAAAUUGAAUUCGAUGAUGCAAAAUUUCCUUCGAUGGAAAUCACAAGAAGAUAAUUUCAUUACUUACAGUUCUGACAUGACAUCGGCAUAUCCAUGUCGAAUCCAUCGGCUAUGUAUUGACAAGCAUCCAGGUGAUGAUGGUUCACUAGAGGGGGUGGAUCCCUUCUCUGGAUUAGAUUGGUCUCAGAUUCGAUCCCUUGUUGUUUUUGAAGAUGCUGAAAGACUCCCCUUUGAGAAGUUGGCACGCGUGCGACUGUUGGAUCUUCAAUUUAAAACGGCUCUUGGCGAUCAUCAUGUGAAGGAUAUUUGUGGACUGCUCCGUGUGAAGCACCUAUUCGGUCUAGAGGGGGUGGGAAUUAGUGAGCUACCACCAGAAAUAGGAAGGCUACACUAUCUAGAGACCCUGAACGUAAGCAAUACGUCUAUUAGCAAGCUACCCCAUGAGAUUGGGAGACUGAAAAAGUUGAAGAAUCUAUACGUGAGUCAUAGCCCAAGGAUCAGAGAGUUGCCCAGAGAGAUUGGAGACCUGCAGCAUUUAGAGACAUUGUGCAUAUUUGCAACAGAUAUCAGAGAGCUGCCCAGGGACAUUGGGAGACUAAAGAAGUUGAAGACUCUGAACCAUAGGUUCAGGGAUCUUCCCAGGGAGAUCGGGGACCUGCAAAAUUUAGAGAGUCUGGACCUCAGUGGUAGCAAAGGGAUGACAAGUCUACCAAGGGAGAUUGGGAAAUUGCAGCGUUUGAAAACACUCAAGGCGUGUUGGACAUGGAUCACAGAGCUGCCUCGUGAGAUGGGGAACCUCCAGAAUUUGGAGACUCUUGACCUGAUUUACAGCCGCGGGCUCACAGGACUGCCUCGUGAGAUUGGGAAUCUGCAGAAUCUGGAACAACUGCUCUUGAGUGCUACGGGGGUGGUAAAGCUACCAAGAGAAAUUGGGAGGCUGAAGAAGCUGAAGACUUUGAAAUUGAGUGAGACCAUCGCUGUACUACCCUGGGAGGCAGGCCAGCUUUCAGAAUUGGAGGGAGUGCCCGAGUGCAUCCGCAAAGCUUGGAAGAAUAGUGAUUUUGUGUCUGAGUUAGCCGGGGAGAUCCUGUCGAUUGAACUGGUUAGAUGGGAUGGUGAUCCAAAGGGGCUAAUUGUUGGUACAAAACACAUGCACAUUCCCCAGUGGAUCAAGGAUCACUUCAACGACCUUGGGUCGUUGGAUAUCAGGAUAUGCAAAUUGGAGGAGGAGCAGGAUCUCAAGAUUCUGCGGGAGAUGCCCAAGCUACAACAUCUCACGCUAAGGUUGGAAGCCGUCCCAAGGAAGCCCAUAGCCAUCAGCGCUGAAGGGUUUCCAAGGCUCCAUCGUCUCUAUGUUGACAGCCGCGUGCCACCGGUUAUCAUCUUCCAGGAAGGAGCGAUGCCGAGGCUGUUUGAACUCCGCUUCGAGUUCCAGUUCUACGGUGGCCCGCCUCCGCCUGCAAAUAAAGAGGCUCAGCUGGGUAUCAAACACAUCCGGUACCUCCUCUCGGUCGAAUUUAUAUGCAGCCAGGAAUGGUAUGGAGGAGCAGAAGAGAGCAGGAGCCCGUGCAUGAGCGCCAUGAUUGACGUGGUGAGGAAAGAAGCCCAGGAGCAUCCCAACCAGAUCAGCUUUCAUGUCUCUGGCCGCGAGAGUGAGCUUUUUCCAAAGAAGGACAGGUUGGCAGGGCAGGUUUCCCUGUUCAGCAGCAGCAGUGGGAGUGGCGCUGAGAAUGAGAUGAAGCGUCCUGAGGAGAAGAAGAUCUUGGCACAGGAGGUUUCCCUGUCCAGCAGCAGUGCGGGGACCGGCCCUGAGAUCAAGUAGGGGAAGCAGCAGCCGGCAGCGUGAUUGGGUUUCUUACUUGACGACCCAUCGAGCGAGGUGUAACUGAUUCGCUUGUUGGAUCUUUCUUUCUUUCUUUCUUUCUUUUACCAACAGACAGACCGACCACUAACACACUUGCUUGUAUCCUGGUCUUCAUUUGCAGCAGGUUAUUUCAUCAUCGUAGUCAUCUUCAACUACGUAUAUACAAAUGGUGGCUAUUCUUCUUGAGGCGGAGGGCAUAAGAUUUGACCGACCACAGUAAGGAAAACGCUGUUUGUUCUUUGCCCGUCCAAGCUACUAGGAGUAUUACUUGCAAGCUUCUUCCAAGCUGAUUUGGCCUAAAGCCACAUGUAUCUCUAUCUGUAUUUGGGCUAAAGGCACAUGAUUUGGCGUAAUGCCACCUGUAUCUGUUCUGUACCUCUUCAUUUUUCAUUUCAGUAAGCACCGUGGAACACAAAGGGUAUUAUUAAUUGUCAUGUCAUCAUUUAAUAAUAAUCCAAGAGAGGGAGCCAAUCCUAUUAUUUA